AGGAGCCUGGAGUCGUGCGCCGGAGUCAGAACUGCGUCUCACGACUCAGGCGCCGGUUGCUGAAGGAGAGCGAGCGAGCGAUGCUGCCGUUGCCGCUUCCUGAUUGGCUGCGCGUUGAUCCCUCUUCCUUCUGAUUGGCAGUGGGUGAGCCAGAUGAUGCUGAGCAAAGGCCUAAAGCGCAAGCGGGAGGACGAGCUGGAGAAGGAAACCUUGGCAGUCGAUGCCUGGUGGCUGGGUCCCAGGCCCCCAGCAGUGGCACAGGCACCCCCAGCCGUGGCCUCCAGUUCUCUCUUUGACCUUUCCGUGCUCAAGCUCCACCACAGCCUGCGGCAGAGUGAGCCGGACCUGCGGCACCUGGUCCUGGUGGUGAACACCUUGCGGCGCAUCCAGGCGUCCAUGGCGCCCGAAGCCCCCCUGUCCCCCGUGCCCAGCCCGCCUCCGGCCCCUGGCGCAGCAGCUGACAGCCUGCUGGCCAGCUCAGACGCCGCCCUCUCGGCCUCCAUGGCCAGCCUUCUGGAGGACCUCAGCCACAUCGAGGGCCUGAGCCAGGCCCCCCAGCCCUUGGUGGAUGAGGGGCCGCCAGGCCGUCCCACCAGCGGGGCCCCACCCAGUUUGGGUGCCUUGGACCUGCUGGGCCCAGCCACUGGCUGUCUGCUGGACGAUGAGCUUGAGGGCCUGUUUGAGGACAUCGACACCUCUAUGUAUGACAGUGAACUUUGGGCACCAGCCUCUGAGGGCGUCAAACCUGGCCCUGAGGCUGGGCCCGGUAAGGAGGAAACUCUGGAGCUGGAUGAGGCCGAGCUGGACUACCUCCUGGACGUGUUGGUGGGCACACAGGCACUGGAGCGGCCCCCGGGUCCCGGGCGCUGACACUCCCUUCCCCCCCGCCCCAAGCUAGGAUGGUGGUCUGGUGUCCAAACCGAGCCUGGGGACUGGACCAACUCUCCUUGGAAAGACACAGCUGCCUUCCCUGGAACAGAAAGAGGGGGCUUUGGAGAGAGACUCCAGUCCUGAGCAAUUUUAGCUCUGUCCUCGGGUCUCAGGCUAAUGAGGGGAGUCUGGGAUUGGUCCCUGGGAUGGGAUGACAGGGCCUGGUGGCUGGAAUGUGAUUUGGACCAGGUCCUGUGCUGGACUGAAUCCCCAGGGCGUCGUACCCGGGGAUACUUUUUUUUUUUUCCAUGAUGUGGGAAGAGCCCACAUCAAUUUUCUGGAAAUUAAAACCAGUCCUUGGAAAUGUCAA